AUGACCAACCUCCCCGCCCUCGGAAUGAAGUCCCUGAGGGCGCACUUGGAGGUCGAGGGGGCGGACAGCGAGAAGAUCCAGCAGGUAUUCGAAAAGGUCCGCGGCCGCGGCUCGGCCGCCCCGAUGUACCAGACGGCGUUGCACCCAGAGGAAUUCCAGGGCGAUCCCCCAGCUCUCUACUCUGUAGGGGAUCUCCCCCUCAUGCCGUCUGAAGGUUGCAAGAAGAUGAAGCAUGCCUUUGCCGUUGUCUUGAACUACCAGGGGGACAUCGACAUGGCCGCGGUGCGGGAGGCCAUGGCGGUCAACGACUACAAUGGCCUGCCAGAGCUAUUGCGCCCCAGAACAAACUGGGAAGCCCUCUACACGACGCAGCUGGCACUGGUGCCCGCUGGCGACGGCGACGGGACAGACAUCAUCAAGUACUUUCUGUUCUCGGGCCCGCAGCCGUUGGUCGACGUCGAGAAUCGCCUCCUGCGUGAGAAUGAAGUGUUGUACACGCUAUCUUGGGGCAAGGGAGCGGGCGUCAAGACGCCGUGGAAAGUCUUGGUCUACAUGAUGGAUCGGCUCGGUGGCACGCACUUCCGUUACCACCUACCCCCGCAGGAGAAGGGCGAAAAGGAGAAGAAGAAGUGCCUUCCCCAGGACAUGAUCGUAUCCCAGUACCAGUUCAUUAAGGACAACGCCCCGCGCGGCAACUUCGAUUGCGAACAGAUGAUGUGGAUCGACUUCCAGCUGAACGACCCGCAGAGCCCCAUCCACAGUUGGAAAGAUGGGAAGAUUAAGGAGGUUCUCUCGCACAUUAAUGACCAGGGCAUUCAGGCGAAAAAGAUCACGUACCACCCCAUCUUCAUCUUCGACACAGGGGGCGAGGGCGCCGAGCGCGCGAAGCGCAUCGUGCCUACUUUCAAGAGCCACUCCUGCCUCAUGGUCGGCGAGCCUGGCGAGGGGAAGACGCCGUACCUGGAGACGCUGGCAUUCGCCAUGGGCGACUACUACGCAGACAAGCUGGGGGGCCGCGGCUUGGCCUCGUUCAGAGAGGGGCCAGACCUGGAUUUCUUCAGGGCCGAAGAGGGCACGAAGCACUGCCCGUGCGUCUUUGAUGGCGGCGACUUGUUCGAGCAGCGCCCGAAGACGUUGAAGGCUUUCUUGGACGUCGGCCAGUUCCAGGCGAUGACGAGGGAGCGGUGGGGGGCUGCCAGGUUCGUUCGGGGUCAGGCGCGCUUCGCCGCGGAGAACAUGUGCGACGAGACGGCUGUCCCCACCGUGGACGCGUGGCGCGGUCUGUGCAUCUUGUCGCCAGCUGAGGCCAAGCAGAAGCGAAACCAGUUCUUCUUCGACAUGCUCAAGCGCACGUUCCCCAAUGACAUGUCCAAGGCGAACGUCAUGGCCCUCUUGAAGCGGUCCUCCGCGGUUGGCCACUACAUUACCAAGGCAGCGGGGAAUAUUCUCUACGACUACAUCCACAACGGCGCGACGCGGGACGCCGAGGAAUACAACUCGCUGAGGGACAAGCAGCUCCGCUUCAUGAAGGCGCUGCUGGACAAGGGUUCCGUGCCCCUGCCUCUCUCGGUCAAGGAGGAGCAGCCGCCUGACGGCGCCGAGGGCGGCAGUAGUUCGUCGGCGGCCCGCGAGCCCCUCCCGCCCUUGCCCAAGCGCAUCUGCUGGGCGAGGUCGUUCGGGAGCAUCCCAGAGGUCGAGAUCGACCUCUCGAGCUCGCCCGAAGAGGCCCGCGGCGCCGCCGCCGCGCCCAGUAGCCAGGACCUCGCCGCUGCGCUCGCCGAUGCAGACAACGGCGAUCCGCUCGGCCUGGGCGGCGGAAU